UUUAAAACAUAACCUCACAUUUGACAUGUGUCUCUAUUUAAAGCUUGGUUUAUUAAAAUUAUAAAAUUUAUAUUACAAGAACAAUAAAAUUUCUUUUAUUACUCAUUGCUUAAUUUCUAUAGAUAUGUAUUGUGUAUAUAUUCAAACAACAAAGGAAAUUGUUUACAUAAUGUGAUAAAAGUGUCAAAAUAAAUGUUAAAAAAGAAUCGGAAUUAAAAUAUUCUAUUGGUCAUUCAUCAAAGAUUUAGAUUGUAUUAUAAUUUUAUAUAAAUACAGUGUUAAAUAUGAAUGAAAACAUAUUUAGACAAAUAAAAAGCAAAUUAAAAUCAGAAUUUUAUUCAAUGAAUAAUGAAUGGUUGAGAGACUGUAUAGAGUUUUAUGUAGACCAGCAUAAAAAUUCAAGCCCACAAGAAAUUUUACAAUUUGUAAAGGUACAGUGGCAACUUAGUGAUUUACGUGAAAUUAAUAAUGAGAAUGGAAGUUUACCACACAAUCUUUCAGAACAAAAAUUUAUUGUAUUAAAUGAGAACUACAUUCUCCAGGUAGAACAAAUGUAUGAUAUUGCAAUGUCAAAGUAUAAACAAUUAGAACAAAUUAGAAAUACUCAUAUCUCAGAAGUAGAAUUAUCUGAAGCAGAAAAAAUGGAAAAAUGGGAACCUCCUAAAAAAAGAAUGAUGCAAUUACGAUUAACAGAUGGAUUGCAAGAUGUAAUUGGAAUUGAAUAUAGUUAUAUAUCUCAACUAAAUGAUAUGUUACUACCAGGAUAUAAAGUUAUGAUAAUGGGUCCAGUGAAAUGUCGCAAAGGUGUACUGUUAUUAGAAGAAGGGAAAUUAAAAGGAAUUGGUGGUGAAGUAGAUAGUUUAUUAAUACCCAAUGCAUUGGAAAAUGUUUUAGCCAGAGCUCUAAAUCUUCCAGAAAAUCCUGACCCCUAUAAUGAUAAUGACACUAAAUCAAAUGCCAUUAAACAUGAAGAACCACAAAUAGAUGAUAGCUUUUUUGAAGAAGAUUUUGAGAUAAAUUUUGAAGAUGUUUCUAAAAUUGAAGAUUCCCAUAAAAAAGACAAUAAAAAAUGUAACAAAUAUUCUGCUGAAACAGAAAUUAAGACAAAAAUUAACACUGAAAUUAAAACAGAUCAAGAUCAUAAAAAUGAAAAAGUAUUUAUUGAUGAUGAUUGUUUUCAAACAGAAAUUGAAAACACUAACACUGAAAUUAAAAUAGUUAAUUAUGAAACUGAAAAAAUCUUAGACGAUGACGAUUGUCUUUUAGAAAUGAUUGAUGAAAGACAACUCAUAGAAACACAAGUAGAACAGAAAAAUAUUACACCUUUUAGAACUUUGCCAAAAGAAGGAAAUGAUGAUAUUAUUAUAAUAAAUGACGAGGAAGUAACAGAUGUAAAAUAUGAUGUUUCUAGAAAAAUUGAGAAAAAAAAUUCUUCACAUUUAAAUUCUAAGUUGUUUACUAUCAAAUCAGAUUCAUCAGUUUCUCGUUCAAAAUUAAAAGAAAAACCAAAAUCUUUAUUAACUGGCGAAAAAAGAAGUGUUCCAAGUUCUCCUCCCGAAAUAGUACCUUUGAAAAAGAGUAAAAUAAAUAGACGAAUUACAGAAUUUACAAAAGUAAUAAAUACUCCAGGAGAACCAAAAAUUUGCGAAUUUAUACGCGAUAUAAAUAAUGAAACAGUCACCGAAACUAUUUUUAGAACAAUUCGAGGUCAUGUUGAAGUUGUUGGAAAAUUAACAAAAAAAGAUUCAUUGUGGAUUUUGGAAGCUGUAGUAGCAGAUGGUACCGGAAUAAUAGAAGUUUCUUUCUCAAAUAAGGUUCUAGAAAAUUUAAUAGGUUUUAGUGUCCAAGAAUUCUCAUUAAAAAAGAAGUUAAGAAAAAACCCAGAAAUUGAGCAUGAACUUAGAAUGAAUUUUCGUAGUGCAGAACAAAAGGUAAAAACUUUGGAUGCACUCCUGAAAUUAGAAUUAAAUGCAAAUAAAAAGCCAACAGUAAUUGAAAUCACUGAUUUAACUCAAGAACAGAAAGAAGUAAUUGAUAAACAAAUAAAAAAUUUUUUAUUUCGAAAUAACAUCUAAAUUAUGAUUUAUUUUUAGUAGUAGUAUUUCAAUAAAUUGUUAUAUUUAAUAAAUGAUUUAUCUUACAAGUAA